CAUGCUGCUAAAGUUUCAGAUGCACAAACUUGGAUGGUCAAAACUUUUAAACCUAAACAUGAAUGUCUGUAGUCAAGAGAUAAUAAGCAUUGCACCUUUAACUAUAUGUCCAAACAGAUCAGAGAUCAGAUCAAAGGAAAUCCAGAAAUUCCCACAAAGGCACUUCAGUCAGAGUUAGAACAAAAGUUGGAAUUAAAUGUAUCCUGGAUGAAGGUUUUUAGAGCUAAAAAACAAGCUGAAAAAGAAAUUCAGGGGGAUUAUCACCAACAGUAUGCACUUCUUAGAGAUUAUUGUGAAGAAUUAAUCUUACAAAAUCCAAGUUCUACUGUUACUAUAGAUGUUGAUAGGGUGAACAAUGUAACUGAAACAACAAGAAUGUUUAAGAGGAUCUAUGUGUGUUUAGGUCCCUUAAAACAGGGUUUCAAAGCAUGUUUGAGGGACUUGAUAGGCUUGGAUGGUGCCUUUAUGAAAGAUCCUUUCCCAGGUCAGGUGUUGACAGCAGUAGGUGUUGAUCCGAACAAUGGAAUUUAUCCAGUGGCAUAUGCAAUUGUAGAGGCAGAGAACAAAGAUUCUUGGAUUUGGUUUCUGGAAUGUCUUGGACUAGAUUUGGAUUUGGAUAUUAGGUCAAAUUUCACAUUUAUAUCAGACAGGCAAAUGGGUCUCAUUCAAGCCAUUGCCAAGGUUUUUCCAUUUGCAGAGCAUAGGUAUUGUUUAAAGCAUAUUCAUGAAAACAUGAAGUUGCACUGGAGGGGAAGAGCAUAUCAAGAUAUCCUUUGGAGAUGUGCAACAGCCACAACAGUUCAACAAUUUGAAAGACAUAUGCAAGAGAUGAAGAGUUUGAAUGCUGAUGCAUAUAACUGGUUAGCAAAGAUUCCACCUAAACAUUGGGCAAGAUCCCACUUUUCUUGAAGAUGCCAUUCUGAUAUGCUCUUGAACAAUUUGUGUGAGGUCUUGAACAAACAACUUGUACAUGGGAGAGACAAGCCUAUAAUAGUUGCUGUUGAUUUCAUCAGAGAGUACUUAAUGAAAAGAAUAGUUGUUGUGCAAAAAGAGAUUGACAAAGCAAAGGGCCCACUGACACCAACAGGUAUGAAACUAAUGAAUGUGAUCAAGCAUGAAGCUUCCAGUUGCAAAAGUAUAUGGAAUGGUGGUAUCAAGUAUCAAAUAAAUGGUCCAUGGGGUGACCAGCAAGUAGUAGAUGUAGUUGAAAUGACCUGCACAUGUAGAAAGUGGGAACUUACUGGGCUUCCUUGCAAGCAUGCUGUGUGUGCUUUCAAUGAUAUGGUUAAAAACAGGAAACAUGUUGGCAUACCUGAAAAUUGGGCUCAUAGGUGUUAUUGGUUAGAGACUUGGAAGCAUGCUUACACCUUCAAGGUAGGUUCAGUAACUGGUACAACCACAUGGCCUAAGUCUAGGUGCCCAACAACUUUAACACCCCCAACUCACCACAAACAAGUAGGUAGACCUAAGAAAAAGAGGACUAGAGGUAUGUAUAAAGUGGAUAACAUGGUUAAAGGUGGAAAAGUGACAAGAAGAUUGGCUUCUGUUACUUGUGGCCAGUGUCAUAAAAAGGGUCAUAAUUCAAGAACAUGUAAUGGACAAGGUGUUAAUGAGCCAAGGGGUAGUCAGUUUGCUGGUGGUAGUCAAAUGGAUGGUAGCAGUCAAGUUGGAGGUAGUCAAAUGGGUGGUACCAGUGAAGUGGGUGGUAGCAACUAGGUGGGAGGUAGCCAGUUUGGUGGUAGCAGCAAGGUAGGGCAAAGUCAAGUUAGUGGCAGUAGCCAAGGUAGAAAGGGUGGUAAUGUUUCCAAAAAGGUUAGAGGUAAAAGUGAGAGAAUUAUGAAGAUGAAACUUGCAAAAGAUGUGCCUGGACCUGGGAGAACCUAUGAAGAUGCUAUGUUUCUGGACUAGGAUGUUUGUUUAAUGUCUUUUUAAUGUAUUUUGCAGUUUCAUUUUAUGUUAUGUAUUUUGAAUUGUCUUUGAAUGGUCUUUUGGAUGGUCUUUUGAAUGUUUUGGUUAUGUACUGUCAUUGUAGACAGUUAAGGUUAUGUAAUUUGGUGGACAAGUCUUUUUAAUGUGUAAUGUGUGUUUUAGAUAUUGAUUAUGUAAUUUUUACUUUGAAUGUGGUAAUUUACUUUGCAUUUGCUUA